AUGCCUACAUCACCCACCCACAGCCAAUCCGCCACCGCCGUAGCCGGCGGCACCGGCACUCAGCCUACCCCAGCCAACAAUGUCGGCGGUGGCGAUGACGGCGGCUGGGGCGAUCGUAUCUUCCGCAAAGGUGGACAAGACGAUGUCUUGAAUCAAGGAACUGGCCAUGUCCCUCCCAAGGCCGCAAACGAAACGAUGGGAAGCUUCCUUGGUCUCCGUGACCAGAAGACUCGUGCCGAGAACAAGUAUCUUGAGCGUGUAGAUUUGGCUUCGGAUGGCAUGAAGCCGAUGACUGACAGCGGCGAGCCGACCUGCGCGACCGAGGACCACUCCUUCAUGUCCCACAAGCCUGGUGGCUCAGAGACUAUGCCUGGCUGGGGGACUAUGAAGAACGUCUUUGGAAGGUGA